UCGGAACUCACAGGCUUCAGAAAUUAUUAAGACCUAUCAAGAUAAAGAUGUCGCACGAAUUUCUUCACCUUCUCCUUGUAACGAUCUUGUUUGCAACAAGCCAGGCGGCCGCUCCUCCCCUAGAGCAUUAUGGUGCAAACAAUGAUCAGGUUACAGUGAGUGGAAUAUCUUCUGGAGCUUUCAUGGCCGUACAGGUGCAUGUCGCUUACUCCGCCUCCAUCAUGGGAGUGGGCGUGGUCGCAGGAGGUCCUUACUGGUGUGCUCAGGCUAAUCUAUUUAAAGCUCUAGGUGAAUGUAUGGAGACCGGGGACAUUAAUGUAGACUACUUGGCUGGAUUUCCAACUUCAUACGCUCUCAGCACGAGAACAAUUGAUGACCCAGUCAACAUGAUCAACGAUAAAAUAUACGUCUUCGGUGGAACAAGGGAUGGCGUAGUCAACCAAAAUGUUGCCAAGGCUGCAGAGGAAUACUAUCGCCAUUUCAAUUAUGAUGACAACAAUUACCUCACCGAAUACACGAUUCCUGCUGAACAUUCUAUGGUUCAUGAUAAGCACGGUAAUCCGUGUGGUUAUAUGGGUGAACCGUAUAUCAACAACUGUGGAUAUAACGCUGCUUUUGAGAUGCUGAAUCAUUUCUAUGGACCAGGACUUGAGACCCCGACAGAGAGCACUGGUCAAAAUGGGCAGAUGUUCGAAUUCGACCAAACUGAGUUUUUCAAAAACGAAAACGCAGCAAAGGAGAGUGUGGCUGAUACUGGCUUUGUUUAUGUACCACCUGGUUGCCUUGGCGACGCAUCUAAUUGUAGGAUACACAUAGCCCUCCAUGGUUGUUUAAUGCAGUAUGAUGCAAUCAAUGACGCUUACAUCAGAUAUUCUGGCUAUAACGAAGUGGCUGACCUUAAUGAUAUCAUCAUUAUCUACCCACAAACCAUUGCAAAACAGAUGGGCGGAAACCCCAAUGCAUGUUGGGACUGGUGGGGAUACGCUUCAAUCUCAUACGCGUGUAACCUGGCUCCGCAAAUGGACUUCAUGAAGCAAAUUAUUGACCGUGUCACCGCGUAAAAGGAUUGAUGAUAUUCGAAAGUGAAACUUUAGUCAUCGAUGAAUUUGAUUUCACUCUUCUGAAAAUGUAGGGUUUAAAUGAGUUUCAAAAUCACAACCUCGCACUCUGUUAAAAUGAAUUAGAGUUCAUUGGGCCUUUUAGCUACUGCCAACCAAGUGUGGCACAAUAGAAAUGACGGUCUAUAAACUACGUGAGCAAUUAAAUUUAAAAUUUUCAAGGCCCGGACUGGGGAAUUACACAAUGGCUUGUUCCAAAUUAGCCGAAAAUGUGUUAAACUGAUCUUAAAAUCUAAUUUUCAAUUCCUAAAUCUUCCGCUUCCUCCUCCUCUUCGACCCUCUUCCUCCUUCCUCUUCCUCGUCUUCAUCCUUUUCUUCUUCUUUUUUCCCGGCACUUCUUACAACUCUGAAAUAAUUAAGGGGUAUACAUUUUAAUGUUGCCAUAUAUUAACACAUGUUGCAUCUAUAGAUUAAAAUCGAUGAACUGAAA